CCCGCGAUGUCGAUGGUGGGUUGGCGGCGGGCCGUCGCCCGCGAUAGCAGCCCUUCCGCCUCGCAGCAGUCGCUCGUCAGCCGCAGCCAUGGCCGCUGCGGCGCUCGCCUGCCUGCUCACCUGCCUGCUCGCCGCCCUGCCCACAGCAUGUAUUAUAUUGGGCGACGAGUGCAAGAAUUACAGUGACUGUGCGACAAUUGCGAAUGCUGCGUGUGCACAAACUCGUCGCUGCGAAUGCAAGUUAGGAUACAGCGCCCUCAACAAAACAGCUUGUGCAAAAUUAAUUGGAGAUCCAUGUGACAACAGUAGCUCCUGUGACACAUUGGAUUCUAUUUGCCUUUGGAGAGGACUGUGUGGCUGUCGCACAGGAAUGAAACACAACAGUAACUACACGUUUUGCUAUGCAACUCCAGAAAAAUACGAAGACCUGUGUGACUUCAGUAACGAGUGUAAAUUCCUGGGUGCUGCUGGGGAAUGCAUUGAUGGGCGCUGUCUGUGUCAACAGUUUUCCGGCUGCAAGAGAACGCAAGCGACUCCGCGCCCGGCGCGCCUCUUGCCGUGCGUGGGCGACGGCUGCCGCCCGUCCGAGGACCCGCCCGCCGCCGGCUCCACGGCCGCCUCCGCCGCCCUGGAGCAGCUGCCGCCGCCGCCGCCGCCGCCUUCACCGGAAGCAGAGCACAACGGGCACGUCGCAGAGGACAACUACGCGGAAACACGGCGGCAGCGACGGCCAAAAGAGGACCGCUCGGCCCCUGUGCACCUCACAAUACUCUCCACCCACCCUCCAUCAUCAUCCCUUCUUCACUUUUUGAGAUCCUUCAGGUGCUGCUCCCUAUCAGCCAUAAACAAUCAU